CGUGUGACGCACAGGAAGCGGAAGUUCUCUGUAUCCUGUUUUUUUAUUUUUUUGUUUUAUUUUCUUUCUGUUUUCUCUCUCGGCUCCGGAAGUUUCUGAGCUCGGGACUUAAACCGGUUAAAAAUAAAAACCAUGGAGUAUAAACUGAUCAUGGCUGUGUCCGGGUUCCCGAGUCUCUACGACACCGGCUCCCUGACCUACCGGGACCUGAACAUGAGGAGCGACGCCUGGAGACACGUAGCCGAGAUCGUCGGGGUCCCCGAGUCCGAGUGCCGGAGGAAGUGGAAGACGCUCAGAGACCAACACCGGAGGGAGAGGCAGCGUGAGAGGGAGAGACGUGAGAGCGGCGUCGGCCUCUUCAACUACCGGCCAUGGAGAUACUCGGCCAUCCUCUCCUUCCUCAACCCGUUCAUCGACGCCCGGGCGGCCGGCACCAACGGUUGGGCCCUGGACCCUCAGCCCUCGCACAUGGUCGGCUGCAGCACGACCACGGAGACGCGCAGCGACGACGACGACGCCUACGGCUUCGCUAUAGCCGACGCAACAACAACCACCACCACCUCGUCCUCCUCCUCCUCAGACUUCGUCCACAGGAAGCGUCCGUCCUCGGCCGGCUUCGACUCCAUCAGACUCAAAGAGGCAAAGACGGAGCUGAACUCAGGCUUCGUCCCAGCAGACGAGGACGGGGACGUGGACAGGGACAGGGACAGGGACAGGGACAGGGACAGGGACAGGGACAGGGACAGGGACGGUGUUCAAACGCAGCAACAGUCCAACAACAUGAAGGAGCUGUUUGAGAUGAUGAUGCAGUCGGUCACGUCUUUAGCUGCCACCUUAGCUUCGUCACACUCGUCCUCCUCCUCACACUCGUCCUCGCAGCCCUCGGACCAGACCGACCCCAGGACCACGUCCAGGCUGGACCACAUGAAGACGGAGGAGCAGGAGGGGGAGGCGGCCGAGCUGCUCCUCCGAACGGACAAAGACGAGGAGGACGAAGCGGAGGAGGACGAGGAGGAGGAGGAGGAGGAGGAGGAAGUUUCCCUCCGAGUGUCUCAGAGGCCGACGCGAGCCAAGAGGAAGAGGAGCGACGUCCUCCUGGAGGAGUUCCUGAGGAGGAUGGAGGACAGGGAGGUCCAGAGGGAGCGGGACGACCUGGAGCGGAGGGACGACGUCCGGCUCUUCCUCCUCAGCCUGGCGCCGGCCAUGAGGAGGCUGACGGCCGCCAAGCAGUCCUGGGUCAGGACCAGGAUCCAGCAGCUCCUGCACGAGGCCGAGUUCGGCUCCACGACGUUCCAGUGAAAAGAAAAACACUUUGAGCAUUUUAUAAGUAGUAGAAGACUCAUCAGAAGAUGACAUUUAACUCCAAGACGCGUUCAUUCAUUCACAGUUUUUCUAGUCGUGUUUCUCAAUCGACUCUUUCCUGUCAUUUCUGUUUUUAAUAAAAUCGUCUUGUUACAGUCA